UCACCGCCGUGCACGAUGGAACGUUUUUCUGCCGUUUGUCUGUUUUUCGUGCUGUGCGCACCCGGUCUGGCGUCAGCUGGGAACCACGCCUUUGAGAUCCUCCGUACCGCAAACCAACACUAUCAGGGAUUCGACUUCUUCGCCAUCGAGGCGCGGCUGCCGGCCGACGGUCUGUCUGCGUCUGAAAACUGGUGCCGAGAUUACCAAAAUCUCUGCUCAGACUUCGGCCUCAGACCGACCGGCUGUGGGGAGCAAUAUGCAGUCAACGGUGAUGAUCGCUAUGUGAGGUGCGUGACUGAGUACAACUCCGAUCCCUACAUCAACAACGUGCUCGGCUGUAACCCGUCCUACCGUGUCGCUGAUGUGGUGAACUUGGCUUUCUCCGCGGGAGCUACAUGGAUGAGGAGUUUCGGAUUUCACGAAUGUGAUACCGGUGACUGUCAACGCGGCAUAGUCGAGAGUCUCUACAGUCUGUACCGGACAACAGAUGCCUUUCCCGGAGACAGGAUUGUGUACACCGUGUGUAGAGGCUCGGCAACCGCAUGUACGAGCAGUCCGUGUAUGAAUGGGGGAACGUGUCAGAACCAGGUGCACGGGUACACCUGUAGCUGUAUCCCCGGUUAUACUGGGAACAACUGUGAAACGGAUAUCGACGAGUGUGCUAGUAGCCCUUGUGUGAACGGAGGGAGUUGCAUCGAUGGAGUAAACAGCUACACAUGUCAGUGUCCACCAGGCAUUACAGGAUACCAAUGUCAGAUAGAUAUAGACGAGUGUGUUAGCAACCCUUGUUCUAACGGUGGAACGUGUGUGGACAAACUGAACGGCUACUCCUGUGUCUGCCCCAAAGGUGCUGAUGGUCCUAACUGCGAAGCACUGUUGGAUGUAGGUGGAUGUUACCAGUUCUCCUCCAUCGCGGCCUCCUAUGACGACGCGUCCCGGGCGUGUGGUGCUGAGGCAGGUUUCCUGGCGGAUGUCCGUAAGGCAGAACAGCAGAAUCUCAUUGGUCAAAGCAUCGCAGCCGGAAGUACCGUCUCCCACUGGAUUGCUGGGAAGGUUCUACCAGUUUCUCUUGCAUACAGCGAUGGGUCUGGCAUUUCAGAUGAGUUGCAGUGGUCGUCCAGCGAGCCAGCCACACCCUGUGAUCUGUGUCUGCUAUUGGACAGCUCAGACAACUACCUGGCGAAGACCACGUCAUGCACGGAGCUUCACAAGUAUGUCUGCCAAUCGGAACCCAAACCAUGUGGACAGAACGUCUGCUACAAUGGAGGAAACUGCACCUCGUGUUUUGAUGAGUCCUACCACUUCUGCGCAUGCCCGGAUGGUUUUGAUGGAAAGUUUUGUGAGACAAAUGUUGACGAGUGCGCCUCAUCCCCAUGUCAACAUGGCGGACAGUGCGUUGAUGAGGUGAACUCGUUCCGCUGCUGGUGUCCUACAGGCUACAGUGGAGACCUCUGUGAAAUAGACAUUGACUGGUGUGCGAACAGUUACUGUCCUUUUGACUGGACCUGUCAGGACGAGAUCACCCACUUCAUCUGCCAUGCACCUAGUACCGGAGUACCGAUGAAAGGCUCCUACAGGUGCACCAGUGACUCCUGUCCGGACGGCAUGCGCUGUGUGCUGGACGGACCAGGCUCGUUCUCCUGCAGAAUCGACUGAUCGCGACCGGGAAGUUCUGACGGAUUGAUGGACCUGUGACCAGCGCUGAAUCUAUAGUCAUAUUCAAAGAUAUCGUAGACAUUUGAUUUACAUGAAGGUCAAAACACAAAAAAGAAAUUGGCUUUACAUUGUACUGCAAUUUACAAAGACAGCAACAUUCGUGGUGAUUUUAUUUUCGCGAUCUUAGCGGUGACCUCUCAUCGCGAAAUCAUAACACCACGAAUAUCUGGUUAAUAGUUCUUUUUUUCGACCUGGAACUUCAAACGCGCGAAUACCUCUAGAUAUUUUUUUCACUCUCUGCGAAUAAAAAUAAAAUAAUCACGAGGUAAAUGCAUUUAAUACAACGUUAAUAGUUCAAAAUACGAAAAAUCAUCUCGAAUUACUUGUCAUACAUCUGUUGCCUUACCGACUUCCAUGUUUUGAUAUGACAAAUGACACAUCCUCUAUGUAAUGUAGUUGAAACUUCUAAUUAGAUUAGAUUUAAGACAUAAAAACUGUAGUUAAUAGUCUCAGAUUAAUUUUGCCGAUAUUUUGCUGAUGUUCUUACAUAGCUAGUGUAGAUAUAUCGUAAAGAUGUAUUAACGAUUGUCGGUCUGUUGAGUGCUUUUUAAAAGCACCCAAGACUACUUAGAAGUAGUCUCAGUCAAAAUAAAACCUAU